CAUCAUAUUAACCCAAUAAUAAUAAUGGCUUCUUCUUCUUCUUCUCUGCCUCAAAUCCUUUCAAUUUCUUCUUCCUUUCAUUCUUCUCUUCCUUCACUCCCACCUAAAACCCACAGUUUCCUUCAAGAUAAACUCAAAAAAAGAAGAACAAUUUCAUCUCCUCUUAAAGUAGUUGCACCCCAAACAACAACAACAACACCUUCAACUAAUCAAGAUUCAAAAUCUAGUGAUAUUAAUGAAGUAAAUACACAAGAUGAUGAACAAGAUUCUUCCUCGAAAUUCUCAUGGAGAGAUAAUUGGUACCCUGUUUCACUAGUUGAAGAUCUUGAUCCCAGUUUACCAACCCCAUUUCAGUUACUAAAUCGGGAUUUAGUUCUUUGGUUUGAUAAAGCUAACUCUCAAUGGGUUGCUUUUGAUGACAAAUGCCCUCAUCGUCUUGCUCCUUUAUCUGAAGGGAGAAUAGAUGAAAAUGGGGAUUUGCAGUGCUCAUAUCAUGGAUGGUCAUUUAAUGGAUGUGGAUCUUGUACAAGGAUUCCUCAAGCUGCAUCUGAAGGACCUGAAGCUAAAGCUUUUCAGUCUCCAAGGGCAUGUGCUACUAGAUUUCCAACUAUGGUUUCUCAAGGACUACUCUUUGUCUGGCCUGAUGAGAAUGGUUGGGAGAGAGCUCAAGCAACUAAGCCCCCUAUGUUGCCUGAAGAUUUUGAGAAGCCUGAGUUUGCAACAGUGACAAUUCAGCGCGAUUUGUUUUAUGGAUAUGACACUCUCAUGGAGAACGUAUCUGAUCCUUCUCACAUUGAUUUUGCGCAUCACAAGGUUACUGGAAAACGAGAUAGAGCCAAGCCGUUGCCAUUCAAGAUGGAGGCAUCUGGACCUUGGGGUUUUGCUGGUGCAAACAAUGAUAAACCAAAAAUCAGUGCAAAAUUUGUCGCACCUUGUUACUCCAUGAAUAAAAUAGAGAUCGACACGAAGCUUCCAAUUGUGGGUGAUCAGAAGUGGGUGAUAUGGAUUUGUUCCUUUAAUGUACCAAUGGCACCAGGAAAGACCCGAUCAAUUGUUUGUAGUGCUCGAAACUUCUUCCAAUUUACGGUGCCUGGGCCUGCCUGGUGGCAGGUUUUUCCAAGAUGGCAAGAACACUGGACUUCAAAUCUGGUGUAUGAUGGGGAUAUGAUUGUUCUUCAAGGUCAAGAAAAGAUCUUUCUUUCAAAGUCAAAGGAUGGUACUGAUGUCAACAAGGAGUAUACGAAACUCACAUUUACACCCACUCAAGCUGAUCGUUUCGUCUUGGCAUUUCGAAAUUGGCUUAGACGGCAUGGCAAUAGUGAACCUGAAUGGUUUGGUAGCACAGACAACCAACCACUGCCAUCUACUGUCUUAUCCAAACGCCAGAUGAUGGACAGAUUCGAGCAACAUACACUCAAGUGUUCAUCUUGCAGAAAUGCUUACCACACAUUUGAGAAAUUGCAGAAGUUUCUGAUUGGCGCAGUCGUGGUGUGUUGUGCAACUUCAGGCAUUCCUGCCGAUGUUAAUCUACGCAUUAUCUUGGGUUCAAUAGCAAUUUUAAGUGCUGGAUUGGCAUACAUUCUACACGAACUGCAGAAGAAUUUCGUCUUCGUUGAUUAUGUACAUGCAGAAAUUGACUAGAAGUCACAGAGGGUUUUCCCCUGUUGGCACGUCUAAACUUUUUUUUCUCCCUAGGAAUUAGAAUUGUAGUUGUAGAUAAAAAUUGAAUGCUACAGAGUGUAUUAUUCAUAUACAUGUAUAUAACCGAGAUUUGUAAAGUAGAGAUGUAUGCUAGCAAGUUUGCUGAAUUCCUAGCUAAUUCAAGAUGAAACUUGCAUUAGUUAAUUUGAAGCAUUCACAACUAUUUAUUAAGAGGAAAAGAAAAUUUGAAGCA